GUCCAAGAAUGCGAUUUUUUUUUGCUGAUCAGAGAAUAUUACAGUGCAGUGGCUGUAAACUUAAAUUCCAGCAGAAUGUUAAAAGUGAAUGCUGUUGCAAAAUGGACAGAGUGAUGGAACAUUUUUUUUUUUUUUUAACAGGAUAGCUUUAAAUAAUGCCAAAAAUUCCAGUUAGAGCCCAGAAAAUCUCUUCACUUUUUCUAGCUAUUUAAAGAAAGUAAUCCUAAUUGUUGAGGAUCAAAUCAAAUCAAAAUGAACAAAUCAAGUGCUACAGAAAACAGUAAACGGUGUGCCCAUUACAACCCAGGCUGUAGGAGCCUUUUGAAAACUCUUGAAUAAGCCGACAACUAAGAGAUAAUUCCAAGCAUCCCCCAUGUGGGAUUCUUCUUCCUUUUUUCUUCCUACUUACACUGCUACUUUAGCUGCUGCUGCUGCUGCUCAAUUUACACUCAACUCUGUUUCUGAACUGAACUUUUUUUCUUCUUUGCUCUUCAUAUUGAGCAAAGGCACAUAAUCUGAUAAAGUUCAAUCUGAAGUUCUCAGAGCUUCUUGAACUAACCAUGUGGGAAUCAGAAAGUGAUCCUGGUACUGGGAGGGAUUAUGGCAAUGGACAUCUCAGUGCAAGUAAGCAUGGUCUGAAAACUGAUGGUUUUGAGCAAAGAGGCCAAUCUUGGUAAUCUUUUCUCCCCCCACAAUCAUUUUGCUGAGAUCCCUGUUCCUCAAAUUCUAUCUUCAUGUUAUUUAAUGUUUUCAGUUAAAGCUACAGUUAAAGGCAAUCUUUGUAAAUGAGAACAAAAAUUAUGUAACAGAACUGAGUAAAAUGGUAAAAGUAAGCUAAUCAGUCUCUGUGUGCUUGUCCUGCAAAUAGGUAUGUUGCCACUGAUAUCCCAAGUGACUUUUUAGUACAAAUUGGAGAUGUCAGUUUCCAUUUACAUAAGUACCCUCUGCUUUCUAGAAGUGGGAAACUGAAUAGAAUCAUAUAUGACACAAGGGAAGACCUGAAGAAGGUAGUUUUGGAUGAUCUUCCUGGUGGACCAGAGGCUUUUGAGCUUGCAGCCAAAUUCUGCUAUGGGAUUGCUGUUGAUCUGACAGCAACCAAUAUCUCUGGCCUUAGAUGUGCAGCUGAGUACCUAGAAAUGACUGAGGAUUUAGAAGAAGGCAAUCUUAUAUUCAAGACAGAGGCUUUUCUCAGUUAUGUUGUUUUAUCAUCAUGGAGGGACUCCAUAUUAGUGCUCAAGAGUAGUGAGAAGCUGUCUCCAUGGGCAGAAAACCUCCAAAUCGUGAGGAGGUGUAGCGAGUCUAUAGCGUGGAAAGCUUGCGCCAACCCAAAAGGAAUAAGAUGGCAGUAUACUGGGAGGCCACCUAAAGUUUCUAGUCCAAGUUGGAAUGAGAUUAAGGAUUCCAGCCCAAGCAGGAACCAGCAAGUUCCCCCAGAUUGGUGGUUUGAAGACGUGUCCAUUCUCAGGAUCGAUCACUUUGUGCGCGUGAUUACUGCAAUUAAAGUGAAAGGGAUGAGGUAUGAACUGAUUGGAGCAGCAAUAAUGCAUUAUGCAGCUAAAUGGCUCCCGGGAUUAAUAAAGGAAGGAUCAGCAGCAGCAGCUGAUGAUGCAAGCACAUACAGCGGUCAUGAUAUGAGCAUGAACAGCAAUUGGAAAGGAGGGCUUCAUAUGAUUGUGGCAGGUACAAAAGAAGAUGUACCAAAUGUGCAGGCCAAAGAUCAAAGAAUGAUUGUUGAGAGCCUCAUCAGUAUAAUUCCUCCCCAGAAGGACAGCGUUUCUUGUAGCUUCCUUCUUCGGCUUUUGAGAAUGGCAAACUUGUUGAAAGUAGCUGCUGCCCUGGUUACUGAAUUGGAAAAAAGAGUUGGAAUGCAGUUUGAACAGGCAACAUUGGCAGAUCUUCUCAUUCCUUCCUACAACAAGACUGACACAAUGUACGAUGUCGAUCUUGUUCAGAGAUUACUGGAGCAUUUCCUAGUCCAAGAACAGACAGAAAGUUCAAGUCCUAGUAGACAAUCAUUUCCAGAUGUAUCCCAAAGAGGGGCAAACCCAAAUGCUAAGAUGAGAGUGGCAAGGCUAGUAGACAGCUAUUUAACGGAGGUGGCCAGAGACAGAAAUCUCUCACUAACCAAAUUUCAAGUCCUUGCAGAGGCGCUACCUGAUUCAGCUAGAACCUGCGACGAUGGCUUAUAUCGAGCAAUUGAUUCCUAUCUCAAGGCUCAUCCAACACUUUCAGAGCAUGAAAGGAAGAGGCUUUGUCGUGUGAUGGAUUGUCAGAAGCUCUCAAUCGAUGCAUGCAUGCACGCUGCUCAAAAUGAGCGACUCCCUCUCAGAGUUGUAGUGCAGGUGCUCUUCUCUGAACAGGUAAAAAUAAGCAACGCCAUAGCCAACAACACCCUCAAAGAUGCUGGAGAUUCCCUCUACCAGCCCAUGGUGACAAGCCGUAAGACAUUGCUUGAAGGGACGCCGCAGUCAUUUCAAGAAGGAUGGGCAACAGCCAAGAAGGACAUCAACACACUCAAAUUUGAGCUUGAAACUGUCAAGACCAAGUAUGUCGAGCUCCAGAACGAAAUGGAAACUCUACAGAGGCAAUUUGAUAAGAUGAUGAAGCCGAAGCAAACAUCAGCAUGGACUUCAGGAUGGAAGAAACUAGGCAAGCUUACCAAGAUGACAACUUUGGAAAACCAUGAUGAAGUAUCACAGAUCCCGAAUACAGAACAACCCAAACGGGCACCUCGAAGGUGGAGAAAUUCUAUUUCUUGAGACAAACUUUAGGAGUCAAUGACACAUGAUAUAUUUCACUCACUCUUUCAUUUUUUCUUGAAAGUAUUUCAAAGGUUUUUCCCCCAUCUAAGCUAUUUUUAUACUAAGUUGAACCGAUUCUUUUUCUGUACGUUGUUUAUCUGAGGAACUAGAUGUGUUUUUUCUACAUUUUUUGGGAAAGGGCUUUUUACAUUGCUCAUCUGAUGUUGUACCUUGAACUUUCUGUCUCUGUGGUGGUGGAAUUUAAAUUACUUCAUCCGUCUCUGUUGUACCCAUCAAAUUAUCUUCUUUUUUUUCAAGAAAAUUAUCAGAACUACUUAGUGCUGGAGUGUAGACAUGAUGAAUCAAGAAGAAGUCACUGAGAUAUUGAAAUAAAAACCCACUACUAAACAGGAACAAAUAUCAAAAAGAAGGAAAUAGAAAGUAAGACAAUAUUGAUGAGAAACAAGUUUCAAGGAUCUUAACCAGUUUUAUUGUAAUGAUGUUUCAAAAUGGCAGUAACACAUCAACUGUUUACCAUAAGCCACUUAUUACAUCACAACACAAACACACAUAAAACCAGAAGCUAUAGCCUACUGGGUUUGCAACACUUCAAUCUCGAACUCCAACACAGAGUUAGGCUGGAUACCCCAUGCAGGAAAUCCACCAGGUCCAUAGGCGUAAUCAGGAGAGCACUGCAAAAAUUGAAUUAUUUAAUGUAUGAGAAACUCUGGUGGUAUAUUCACAACAAGUUAUAAAUAAAUACAGCCUUAAAUAACUGGAAUCGUUACCGAUCAACAAGUUAAAAACAGUAAUCAAAGUUAAUGUCGAAUAAAGUGAGAACCGUAGGGGUGGAUUAUGAUAUGUUCAUAGGAGCCAAUAUUUUGUUAACCAGCUGCUUUAGCAAGUUAUACAUGUUCCCGAUAUUCAAUUGUCCUGCUUACUUCAAUCCCAAUUUCCUUCACCCAAGCUUUCUUUAGAGGGAUCUAUCUUGUUACAACUUCUUUUGUUGUCUCUUAGACCAUGACAAUCUUUACUAGACAUUCACCUUUUUUCAGGGCCAUCCAGAUUAUACUAAAUUUGCAAAUAAUUAAUGAGUAAAGAACUUUCACUAUACCCGUAGGCGAGCAACUUCUCCUACUUGCAUUCCAAGCACACCUUCGUCCCAUCCUACAAGCAAACAAGCAACACGAUUGAGAAGUGAAAAAUCCUCCAGGGGGGGAGAUCCAGACAGGACAGAUGACUAAAUGAUGUUAAUGAUUGUCGCCAUGGCUCAAAUAGGAAGGGAAAAAAAAAAACAAAUUAAAAUAAGGAACAUAGCCCACGGCUAAUGACUUGGUCAUAUAGAAACACAUCAAGGCCCUUGUAUCAGAUAUCUAUAAGAUAAAAUGUGCAUUACCAAGGCACCAACUUUCCAGCUCUGGUAGAUAAAGGUAGUUUCAUUACAAUAGCUAACUUCAAAGCCACAAAAUUCAUUAUCCUUUGAUGAAAUAGAGAAAGAUUAUAUCCCUAAAGCUUGUGUUUCGGCAGGUUCGUGUGCAUGUGAGCAUUGAAGCAGAGUAAUUCCAAAGGUGAUCUAGUGCUACAGUUGGUUCCACAAAGUUUAUCUAUCAUUUCAUGCUCACAUAGAGACUCUGUAAUACUAACAGAGCCAGCUUCCACUUCAAGGAUCAACACGAAAGCAAAACGUGGUUAGCUUAUUAGACUCGGAUCGAGGGACUGCAACCAAUGAACUAUACAAAAUUUCCAUCUUUACCCCCAAAAAAUAUUGUCCCUAGGCCUAAGUCCUAACCAAAUUCAGCCGAUUAGUCUCCACUAAAUUUCACACAGCUACUGGAAAAUUGAGGUAGUAAACGAAAUAGGGACACAAGAAGAACACUGGAACAUCUUACCUUUGAUAACUUUCCCCUGUCCAAUCUGAAAAGAGAAUGGCUGCUGCCCAGGAUCCUUGGUGCUGUAAUUAACAUUGCAUGAAAGAAAAAGGGAGCAAAUAAUCAAAAUUACUAACCCC